AUGAGUAUUGGAUAUUAUGGCAUUGAUAGUGAAAACAAUACACUGCCACCCGUCUAUGGUUAUCUCAGUUCAUCACUCGUAUCAUUGGAAGUAUCACUUGACAAAAUCAUACCACUCAUCGACAAUCCACAGCACUAUAUUGCAAUCGCGAAACAACACUGUCAUUCGUCGCAUCUGUUAACAAAAGAUGAGCCAGCAGCCAUGUAUUUGUACACGAUGGAGUGGGGUGAUCAUAGCUUCUACUGGAUAUUGAACAAAGCACUACGAGAUGAGAAUCGUUCGGCGUUAAAGCCGUGA